AUGGCUCGACGAAGCCGGCGAUUGUGGCUGGGCGCGCUUGCAGCAGCUUUGUCGCUGAAGUGUGCCAUGCACGACGAGGCCGUCAACCAGGCUGAGGCCAUGGUUUUCCGGCCUUGGCGUCCUCGAGCCAGCGACUUGCCAGACAGCACAACUCUGCCAGCAGUAACCACGACCCUUCUUGUCGGAGUACUUAUCGGGGUGGGCGCCUUCCAGGACUACCCGGCCAUGCCGCAACUCUUUGAGUCUGUGAAGGACGAAACCUGGACAAAGCCCGCGGGCUCUCGGCAGAACCGACUCCCUGAACGAUGCGCACGAUACAGAUCUAUCUCCCUUGAUGCUGACCGGCGCCCUCGGGAUCGAUGCGAUGCACAUCGGUCCAGGAGCUGCCGGCAUUCGAUUCCAUGA